GCUUCGCUGAUGGGGAGGCAGGCACUGCAUACAAAGGAGCUAAGACCUUCAGUGAACGAACUCCUGGGAAGAAACAGGAAUGAGAGCAGCCUGAAGUGAGACCCUCUGCAAAGAAUCACAGUCAUGGAAUGAUCUGGGUGGAAGGGACCUUAAAGAUCACCUUGUUCCAGCCCCCUGCCAUGGGCAGGAACACCUUACAUGAGGCAAAAUCAUGGUUCUGAAUUUUGAUUUCAUUCUGAAUGAAUUCUGAAUGCUGAGCUACUCUCUCUCCCCCUGAGUCAGAUUUUGCAGAGCUAUGAAGGUUACUUUGUCCAAAGGAGAUAAAUUGUAGUCAGGGGUCCAUAAACAGAGAUCAGAGCAAGGAGUGGUCAUGGAGGCUGUAAAACUCAAUGCUGUACCUUGCAGCAGAGGUAGAAGGUCCACCACAGCUUGGGCAAGAGGAGCUAUUUUCUCUGUUUUUUUCUUGUCCUUUGAUGCCACUUCUAGCAGUGUCACUAGGGAGAUAAAAAGAGAGGAGCUGGCAGAAUUCCUUGGACCAGCAGGUCAGGCACCAGAGAGGGUCUGUGCGAGCUUUGGCACAAGCUCCUCUUCACCUCCCAAGGCUGACAAGCACAGCAAAGCCAAAGGAGCAUGGGCCAACAUGAAAGGGGAUUCUUCCAGCUGGCAGAGAUGGACAAGAAGUGCUGAGAACCUCCCACCACUGCUGCUGAAGUGCUAUUCCUGAACCAGUGACUCCUGCAGCGACAGCAGCCAGCUCCAAGGUGGGACAUCUGGCACCAGCUACUUACAGAGCACUGGUUUCUGCACAAGGACAUCCAAGGAGUUGGGCCCAUCGGGGCUGUACUCAAAGCUGGUGCUGAAGUCGUACUCUGCUGUCCCAUCUGGCAGCACAUGAGUCUUGGAGGAGUCUCCCAGCACUGCUCCGUUGUACUCCACACGCACCAAUGUAAACAGCAAGUUGCUUUUGAGAGUUUUCUGUCAAAAAAAAAAAGAGCUCAGAGAGCAGCUGGCUCUGCAGCAGCAUCCCAGGAUCAGAGUUCCUCUGGCAGCAGCUCAGCCCUUUCUCACGGUGGAGCAAUCAGAACCACAAAGCAACAUUCCAGAUGCAAUCAAUCCAGCAGUCUUUUCUUCCCAGCAUUGUUUAUCCUCCUCUCACCUCAUUCCUCACCUAAGCUGCUGUUUGCUGAAUCCAUCAGUGUAAGAGCAGGAGCUGAGCUUCUCCUCCACAUUCCCUCCCAAAUGCCAGUUUCUCUGGAAGACUUUAAGGACAGCUGGAUGCAUCACAUGGAAAUCACAGCAGUGGUGGUUUGAUUGGCACCAGCUCAUAGCCUUGAACUGGAUCCAUUGCCUUUUUAAACCAGAGCCACCCUACUGCUUUCAAUAUGAUUUAAACAGCUGGAGCUGGGAUGAAAAUCUGGCUUUACACCCAAGCAGCCACCCCGGCCCAGCCAAACGCAGGCGCUGCCCCCAAAACCGGCCGCUCCAAGAAGGCCCCGGAGGAGCCAGCGGCGAGGGCUCCAGAUGUGGACUCGCUGGGCUUCCAGGCCAUGGACCGCAACGUGCCGGGGCUGUCCCACGUCAUCCUGCAGAAGCUCAACAUGAAGAGCUAUGAGGACUACAAGUCUGCCAUGGACGGGAGGAAGAGCGGCAGCGAUUUCGGCAUCCGGACAUAUUUUGACAUGUUCCAGAAGAUGGAAGACACCUUCAAAUUUUGUGUUGAGUGCAAGAAGCUCCCCGAUGCCCUCCCGGACCCCAAAAGCCUCCGGCGUUGCAAGAGGUGCCAAAAUGUGUACUACUGUGGCGUGGCGUGCCAGCGUGCCAACUGGCCGCUGCACAAGAAGUUCUGCAAGAAGCUGAAGCUGGUGGCCCUGGACCGGCUGGUGGAGUGGCUCAUCUUCACAGGAGACAUCCCCUUUCCCACGGACACCUGGACAAAACCUGCCUGGGACGUGAAGGGCUGGGAGGACUGGUUCUCCAUGCAGGAGCAGCUGGAGGAGAAGCUGGGUGCCAUCGUGGCCGGGCGCUACAUGACCCUGCUGUGGGCCAACGCCGGGAAGCCGCGGCCGGAGGACGCGGAGCUGCGGGAAUCCAUCCGGCGCCUGGUCACCGACUUCCACUCGCGGCCGCUCACCAUCGGCCUGGGACUGCGGCUUUUCGGCAUCGACCCCCUCACCAGGCCCCUCACCGUGCACGUGGUGGGGGCUUCCCACGUGGAGACCCUCAACACGCGGCUGACGGACUAUGAUGAGCUGACGCGGAUGUUCCCGGGGCACCAGGGCGUGGAGAUGGUGAUGGUGGGGGUGGACGUGGUGGAUGGACCCAUCAUGAGGCCACCCCUGACCACGCUGGCGCCCCGGGGAAAGAUCUAUCUCAGCAGCUACAAGGGGCUCUACCACGACUUCUGGGAAAGCCACGUGGAGACCAAGCUGGCCGCCCCUCCUGACCUGGUGGUGGGCUUUCACCCCGGUUUCCAUGCCUGCCCAGACCUGCUGGCGGGCUGGCUGCCCACCCUGCUGCUGCUGCGGGACUAUCGCCUGCCCGUGCUCUUCACCGUGUACAGUGAGCAGGAGCUGAAGGCCUCCCUGCAGAUCCUUGUGGAGCUGGAGAUGCACAUUGUGGGUUAUGCCAGCAACCCCUUUGCCUCCCUGCGGCCCGAGCAGGUCUACUCGAGCCCCAACAAGCCGCCCGUCUACUGCAGCUCCCACUACAUCGCCCUGCUGGGAGCAGAGGCUGUGCCAGGGGCUGAGGAGCUGGAGGAUGAUGAUGGCUGGCAGGGAGGAGAGCCCAGUGCUGCUGCUGUGGCUGGGGGCAUUGGCCCAGGGCUGGGUUGAUUCCUGCCUGCCUUGACUACUCAACCCUCAGAGCCUCGCAGCCCAUGCAGGACCCUCUGCAUCCUGGGAUCAGCGAAAUCCCUCACUGCACACAUGGAGGCCUGGGGGAUGCAGCACCCCAGCACAGGCAUGGCACCCCUUCCACAGCACCAAAUAAAUCACUAUU